AUGCCAGCGGCUCCCAUGCCACCCUGGGUCCUAAUCCAUCCAGAGCCUCAGUGGGAGGAGGGAGGGAUGGAGGGAGGGCAAAGAGUCUACAAGAAGACCAGCGGCAACGAAUCGAUUGCUCUCUACCUGGGGAAGAGAGACUUUGUGGACCAUGUGGAGAGUGUUGACAUUGUCGAUGGGGUGAUCAAGGUAGACCCCGCUGAACUUGAAGGCAGGAAAGUAUGGGUGUAUCUGGCAUGCGCCUUCCGUUAUGGUAGUGACGACCUGGAUGUGAUCGGACUGUCAUUCAGAAAAGACAUCUGGGUUAAAAGGAUGCAGAUCUACCCUGUUGUUGACACCAAACCAGCCAACACCCCCAUGCAGGAGGCCCUCCUGAAGAAAUGUGGGGACCAAGGCCAUCCCUUCACUUUCACUAUUGAUACCAACCUGCCAUGCUCAGUCGGCCUUCAGCCUGCACCAGAGGAUGCUGGCAAGUCUUGUGGUGUUGACUAUGAGGUGAAAGCAUACAUCGCCAAGGAGGCAGAUGACCCUGAUGAGAAAAUUAGCAAGAAGGACACUUGCCGUCUGAUAAUUCGCAAGAUCCAGUUUGCCCCAGGCAAAGUUGCUGCUGGACCAAAGGCUGAUAUCAGCAAGAACUUCAUGAUGUCUGACAAGCCAGUCCACCUGGAGGCCUCCAUAGAGAAGGAGCUCUAUUUCCAUGGAGACCCAAUCCCUGUAAAUGUCAAAAUCAACAAUGAAACCACCAAAGUGGUGAAGAAAAUAAAAAUUACAGUUGAGCAGACAACAGAGGUGUUGCUUUACCAGUCUGAUAAAUAUUCCAAGACGGUUCUUACUGAGGAAUUUGCGGAGGAAAUAAAAGGUGAAUCCACCCUGGAGAAGACGUUCACGGUGAUCCCUCUGCUGUCCAACAACAAAGAGAAGCGUGGUCUGGCCGUGGACGGCAGACUAAAGGAUGAGGAUACCAACCUGGCUUCCACCACAAUCAUCCGUCCUGGCAUGGAUAAAGGAAUGCAGGGAAUCAUGGUCUCUUACAAAAUCAAGGUGAACCUCUUGGUCUCCAGCGGAGGCCUCUUGGGAGGCCUAACAGCCAGUGAUGUCGGAGUAGAAGUCCCCUUGGUAUUGAUGUCCCCCAAACCCGCAGAUGUUGACCUGAAUAGUUUGUGUUUUAGUAAGAGGCAGCAGGUGCUUCACGUCACACGCCUCGGGCUCGGCCUGUGUCAUGCUUUGCUCUCCGGAGCAGGGCACCGCUCAAAGGAGUGA